AUGGCCGAAGACACUGCUUCCAAAUAUUGGAACGAAAGAGUCUACUUUUGGGGAUUAAGACGCAAAGACAUCUUCUUAUUUGAAAUUUAUGCCACGACAAUUCUCCUGGGAACUAUAUAUGGUGGAUUCCUUGAUAAAUCCAAAAUCACAAACUACUUUGGCAAUUCAAAAAACUUGAUUAAUAUUUUGUUUGUAAAGAAAGGAUGGUUUUGGACUACCGUCGUAUAUUUUUCACAUAUAUGGAAUCAAAGAAGUAAACGGUUCGGACACAAACUUAUAAUUCGUUAUAUAUUGGCUACACUUUGGUGGUUUCUUGUUACACAAUGGUUUGUUGGUCCAAGUCUGAUUGAUCGGGCGUUCGCCUUGACGGGAGGGUCUUGUAUGGACUUUGAUAUCGGAAGUAUUACUUUUCACCCGAAAACUGCGACUCACUGUAAAAGCGCAAAGGGAUUCUGGACCGGCGGCCAUGAUUUAUCCGGUCAUGUAUUUUUAUUGACUCAUUCCAGUCUUUUCAUGCUCGCAGAAAGCUUUGAUUACUUCAACCAUUACGGUUUUAAAUCUACAUCGACAAAGCUUUUGUCUGGUUUGUUAUGCUUAUGGUGGUGGAUGUUGUUUGUUACAACAGCUUAUUACCAUACUACGCUUGAAAAGUUUACUGGAUUUUUUUCAGGAAUCCUGGAAUGGGCCGUUGUCUAUGUCUUCUUUCCACGGUUUCCUACGAUUUCGUCGAUUAUAGGAUCUCCUGAAGACUCACACUCUAAUGCUUAUACCUUUUAUUACUAG